CUCACUCGCCUCUCAGUUGCAAGUGGGACGUGCGGGUCUACCUCGAACAGCGUACGUUGUUUCCUUCGCUGCGGGAGGCGAACCGGCCUUCCACCACCUCCAUUCCGCUUCCUCUCGCCGAGCUGUCCCCACGGGUACAGAAGUGCCACUCGGGAACUAUCCAGGGAAGGGGUCCCAGCGGCCGUCCUGGCCCUGCUGUUGUGACUACAGUCACGUGCCCCAUCGGGUCUGACCUGUUUACAACCCUGCCAGGUAUCCAACCGUUUCUAGGAAGGAGGCUGGGUUUCUUCCCUUAGCCUUGAGGCCCCUGCCGCCUGCUGGAGGCCCGGGCCCUUGACAGAUCCCAUGACGUACUGCCCUGUGGAGCUGUGCCCCCUGUCCUGCCUGGGCCCCCAGCCCCCUUCCCAGUCUGAGCAGGACUUGUGUCACUAGCGGUUCUUCCCCUAGACCCAGCCUGGCUCGUGAGAAAGAGUGGGUUGGGGUUACUCUGGUCAGAGCUGGUGGCCUCCAGGGGUCCUCAGGACUCGUGUGGGGCUCAGCGUGCAGGACCCGAGAGCCUUCGGUGCCAGCUGGUGGUGGAUGAGCGGCCCCCUCGCUCUGUCGGCACCACCCUGCUACCCCGACAGCGUGGCGUGGGCCUUGCCUUGGUGCGGUGCCGGCUGCAAGCUGCCCUGCUCAGGCCUGGGGUGGCUUCUGGGCAGGCGAGGAUGGAGUCCAGCUGGACGUGGAGUUCGAAUUGCCCUCUUGCACCCUCUCCCCGCGCUGCCCGGACUUGGCCGCGCGGCCGGGGGCAGGACAGACCAUGCUCCAAGGGGCCAGGGGGAGCUGCGCUGACCGGCGGGAGCACAAGCGCCCACCUCCAGCCACGGUCCGGCUGCUGGGACCGCUCAGAGAGCGUCCGGAGGCCAGCGGCCCGCCCUGACGGUGCUGGUUGCCAGGAAAGGCGGUGGCUCCAUGGUGUCCCAACCCGCUGGCGGGGCGGGCCCUGGCCAGCGCGGCGUCACGCGGGCGGGGCGGCCAGAGUCCGGGGCGCCAGGGCAGCGGCCAGAGUCCGAUGGCGGCGGAGCAGGACCCCGAGGGGCGCGCGGCGGCGCGGCCGCUGCUCACCGACCUGUACCAGGCCACCAUGGCGCUGGGCUACUGGCGCGCCGGCCGGGCGCAGGAGGCGGCCGAGUUCGAGCUCUUCUUCCGCCGCUGCCCGUUCGGCGGAGCCUUUGCCUUGGCCGCGGGGCUGCGCGACUGCGUGCGUUUCGUGCGCGCCUUCCGCCUGAGGGACGCAGACGUGCAGUUCCUAGCCUCGGUGCUGCCCCCAGACACAGACCCCGCGUUCUUCCAGCAUCUUCGUGCCCUCGACUGCUCCGGGGUGACGGUGCGGGCCCUGCCCGAGGGCUCCCUCGCCUUCCCCGGCGUGCCGCUGCUGCAGGUGUCCGGGCCGCUCCUGGUGGUGCAGCUGCUGGAGACGCCGCUCCUCUGCCUGGUCAGCUACGCCAGCCUCAUCGCCACGAACGCCGCGCGGCUUCGCCUGAUCGCAGGGCCGGAGAAGCGGCUGCUGGAGCUGGGGCUUCGGCGGGCUCAGGGCCCCGACGGGGGUCUUACCGCCUCUACCUACAGCUACCUGGGCGGCUUCGAUGGCAGCAGCAACAUGCUCGCAGGACAGCUGCGGGGCGUGCCGGUGGCCGGGACCCUGGCGCACUCCUUCAUCACUUCCUUUUCAGGCACCGAGGUGCCCCCUGACCCGAUGUUGGCUCCAGCGGCUGGCCAGGGCCCCAGGGUGGACCUGGCCGCCUGCGUGGAGACGUGGCUGGAGCGUGUGUGUGGCCACCUGGGGCUGGGGGUUCAGGAGCCACACCGGGGUGAGCGGGCGGCCUUUGUGGCCUAUGCCCUGGCCUUUCCCCGGGCCUUCCAGGGCCUGCUGGACACCUACAGUGUGCAGAGGAGUGGUCUCCCCAACUUCCUGGCUGUAGCCCUGGCACUGGGGGAGCUGGGCUACCAGGCAGUGGGAGUGAGGCUGGACAGUGGCGACCUGCUUCAGCAGGCUCAGGAGACCCGUGGCGUCUUCCGAACAGUGGCGGCCCAGUUCCGGGUGCCCUGGCUGGAGUCCAUCCCCAUUGCUGUCAGCAACAACAUUGAUGAGGAGGAGCUGGCCAGGCUGGCCCAGAAGGGCAGUGAGGUGAACGUCAUCGGCAUCGGUACCAGCGUGGUCACCUGCCCUCGCCAGCCUUCCCUGGGCUGUGUCUACAAGCUGGUGUCCGUGGGAGGCCAGCCGCGGAUGAAGCUGACCGAGGACCCCGAGAAGCAGACAUUGCCUGGGAGCAAGGCUGCCUUCCGGCUCCUGGGCUCCGAUGGGGCUCUGCUGUUAGACGUGCUGCAGUUAGCAGAGGAGCCACCUCCCCAGGCUGGCCAGGAGCUCAGAGUCUGGCCUCGAGGGACCCAGGAGUCCUGUACCGUGAGGCCGGCGCACGUGGAGCCGCUGCUGCGACUCUGGGUCCAGCAGGGACAGCUGUGUGAGCCCCUCCCAUCUCUGGCCGAAUCUAGAGCCUUCGCCCAGCAGUCCCUGAGCCGUCUGAGUCCUGCCCACAGGCGGCUUGAGCAGCCUGCACUGUACCAGGUGGCGCUGUCCGAGAAGCUCCGGGCCCUGGUGGACAGACUGAGUGCCAGAGGUGCCCUCUGAGAAUCCCCUGCUGGGAGCUGCCUGAAAUUAACACGAGUCACUCAGUAUC